CCCUAUGCUUCUUCCAAGCAUCCGAAAAAAAAAUAAAAAUGAAACCAUACUCCCAUAUUCUCCUCCUUAUUCUCUUUUGCAACACUCCUUUCCUAGUCUCUUCUCAGUCAUUUCCAGAGCCGGAAACUCGCCGGAAAGUCCCCGACAACGAGACCAUAUACCGGGUUUCCAAGCAGCUAUGCUGGGGCUGCAUGGCCCAGUCGCUAGAAUUCUUGUUUGCCCACAAUUUGGUGAGGGCAGCCAAAUGGGAGCUGCCAUUUACAUGGGACUUCAACCUGGAAAACUACGCCAAAUGGUGGGCAGGGCAGAGGAGACGAGACUGCAAGGUGGAGCAUUCUUUCCCGGAGGACGGGUUCAAGCUGGGGGAGAAUAUAUACUGGGGUAACGGCGAUACAUGGACUCCGACUGAUGCAGUAAGGGCCUGGGCGGAUGAAGAGAAGUAUUAUAGGUACGCCACGAACACAUGCGAGGUUGGUGAAAUAUGCGGGCAUUAUACUCAGAUUGUGUGGAGGAACACGAGGCGGAUCGGAUGUGCUCGGGUUGUUUGUGACAGUGGUGAUGUGUUCAUGACCUGUAACUACGACCCGGUCGGUAAUUACAUUGGCGAGCGCCCAUAUUGAUGUUGCUGUAAUCUAUUGUGUUGUUUCGACCAUCUAUUGUGUCCUGUGUGGCAUAUAUAUAUAUAUAUAUAUAUGGGGAAAAAGUAUAUAUAUAUAGUAAAGGCUUGGAGUAGAAAAGUUCUAUAUAUAUAUAUAUGGUGUGAAGAAAUUGUAAGGUAUGCUCCAUUUGUAUUGACCUGCUCCUGCAGUUCCUCUUUGAACGGAUCAAUUAACGAAAUAAUUUCAUUGUUCAGGCAUUGA